GCCUCGCAGGAGCAGGGCCGCUCCUUCACUCGCUUGCCCGACCGUCGGCCUCCCGGGAAGGGUAACUGCAAGCUCUGCUCUUCUCAGAUAGGUCCCCAGAGGAAGAAGGAGGAAUGGCUGUUGACCAAGCCAAAUAAAAGCAAUGAAUGAGAGUUCCUGUUGCACCUCACCAGCAUUUGGUGUUAUCAGGGUUCUGGAUUUUGGCCAUUCUAAUAGGAAAACAGCCCCAAGGAGAACUGAUCCUCUCCUGCAAUACUGAAAGAAAGCCAUGGCCCAGGGCUCAGUGGUGUUCAGUGAUGUGUCUGUAGACUUCUCGCAGGAGGAGUGGGAGUGCCUGGACUCUGGUCAGAGGGACUUGUACAGAGAUGUGAUGUUGGAGAACUAUAGCAAUCUGCUGUCAAUGGGAUUUUACAUUCCUAAGCCUCAAGUCAUCUCCUUAUUGGAACAAGGGAAAGAGCCCUGGAUGGUUGGCAGAGAGCUGACAAAAGGCCUAUGUUCAGAUCUGGAAUCAAUGUGUGAAAACAAGUUAUUAUCUCUGAAGAAGGAAGUUUAUGAAAUAGAAUCAUGCCAGAGGGAGAUAAUGGGACUUACAAAGCAUGGCCUUGAGUACUCCAGUUUUAGAGACAUUUUGGAAUAUAGAAGCCACUUUGAAAAACAACUGGGAUAUCAAAGUGGGCAUUUAAGCCAAGAAAUAUUCACUCAUGAAUACAUGCCCACAUUUAUCCAACAGACAUUUUUUACUCUACAUCAAAUAAUUAAUAAUGAAGAAAAGCCCUAUGAAUGUAAAAAAUGUGGAAAGGUUUUUAGUCAGAAUUCACAAUUUAUUCAACAUCAGAGAAUUCAUAUUGGUGAAAAAUCUUAUGAAUGUAAGGAGUGUGGGAAAUUCUUUAGUUGUGGCUCACAUGUUACUCGACACCUGAAAAUUCAUACUGGUGAAAAACCCUUUGAAUGUAAGGAAUGUGGAAAGGCCUUCAGUUGUAGCUCAUACCUUUCUCAACAUCAGAGAAUUCAUACUGGUAAGAAACCCUAUGAGUGCAAGGAAUGUGGGAAGGCCUUUAGCUAUUGCUCAAAUCUUAUUGACCAUCAGAGAAUUCACACUGGUGAAAAACCCUAUGAAUGUAAAGUAUGUGGCAAAGCCUUUACUAAGAGCUCACAACUUUUCCAACAUGUGAGAAUUCAUACAGGUGAGAAACCCUAUGAAUGUAAGGAAUGUGGCAAAGCUUUUACUCAGAGCUCAAAGCUUGUUCAGCAUCAGAGAAUUCACACUGGUGAAAAACCCUAUGAAUGCAAGGAAUGUGGCAAAGCCUUUAGUAGUGGCUCAGCACUUACUAAUCAUCAGAGAAUUCACACUGGGGAGAAACCCUAUGAUUGUAAGGAAUGUGGGAAAGCUUUUACUCAGAGCUCACAACUUCGUCAACAUCAGAGAAUCCAUGCUGGUGAGAAACCCUUUGAAUGUCUUGAAUGUGGGAAGGCCUUUACUCAGAACUCACAACUUUUUCAACAUCAGAGAAUUCAUACAGAUGAAAAACCAUAUGAAUGUAAUGAAUGUGGAAAGGCCUUUAAUAAAUGCUCAAACCUUACACGACAUCUGAGAAUUCAUAGUGGUGAAAAGCCCUAUAACUGUAAGGAAUGUGGGAAGGCAUUUAGUAGUGGCUCAGAUCUCAUUCGUCAUCAGGGAAUUCACACUGAUGAAUAAUAAAAGUUAAAGCUCUUGUCACUUUCCUCAUAUUUUAAACGAAAAGAAAUUCAUAUUUGAUAGUUACCCUUUCACUAUUUUUUAUUUUUAAGUUUUAUUUUAUAUUUCUUUUUAAUCCAGAUAUAUUUCACUCUAAAUUAUGAAUUAAGAUUCUAAAUUGACAUUUGCAUAUUCUCUGUCCCCCAAUCUGUACUAAGGGCAGUUUUUCAAUAAUUCUUUCCUUCCCCAUUAUUUUGUUCUGCCUUCUUGGUGACACAUGAUAUUCUUGUUUAUAUUUGCUUGUAGUUUUUCUUCUCCGAUCUAUAUAUUUGUGCUUAUACCAAUAUCACAGUGUUUAAAAUUG